AAAAAAAAAAAAAAAAAAAUAGAAGAAUAUAAUCGUCAACAACUAGGUGGAAGGCAUUGAUGUGAUUGAAAAUAAAAAGAUCAUUAUGUUUUUUUCUUUUUGAUGUCAGAUGAACUAACGACUUCUUUUAUUGUUAUUAUUAUUAUUUUGGUGUGUUAGAUGUCGGAUUCCAAGGCGGUUAUUAAGAGUGUGGAUAUGAGUGAAGAAAUGCAACAAGAAGCUAUUGAAGUUAGUACCCAAGCUUUGGAAAAGUUCAAUAUUGAAAAAGACAUUGCUGCACAUAUCAAACGUGAAUUUGACAAGAAAUAUGGUCCUACCUGGCAUUGUGUUGUUGGUCGUAACUUUGGUAGUUUUGUGACUCAUGCAUCUAUACAGGCCAUUCUUCAAGUGAUGACUAUAGUGACCAUUGGAUUCAUAUUUGCCAAAACUGGUUAUUUCAAUAUGGAUAAACAAAAGUGGUUAUCGAAACUUAAUUUGAUGUAUUUUACACCAUGUUUACUCUUUUCCAAUGUGGCUUCGAUUAUCUCUUUUGAAAAAUUGAUUGCAUUUUGGCCCAUACCAGUAUUUUAUUAUACUUAUUCAUUAUUAUUUUAUCUGGUUACUCAACUAUCUACUCGGAUGCUUGGUUUGAAUCCUGGUUAUCGUCGUUUUGUCUUGGCAUGUGUUAUGUUCCAGAACACAAACUCUUUACCAUUGGCUACCAUCUCUAGUUUGGCUGUAUCUGAAGCUGCCAAAAUCCUCUUUUGGAAUUCCGAUGAUACACCAGAAUCAGUGGCUGCAAGAGGAAUUUCUUAUACUUUAUUCUUUGCUAUCUUUGGUAAUCUUCUUCGUUGGUCUUAUGGAUAUCAAUUAUUACAAAAGCGUGAAGGAGAUGAUGAUGGUGAUAAGGAAAAUGAUGAAGAACAUCAACAACAUCCAUAUGAUUCUUAUUUAACCAUUCCAUCAAGUCAUGGUUAUACCAAUCCAUCAUCCUCAUCAUCAUCUAUAUCAUCAAUCACAAACAACACUCGAUUACAAGCUCCAACCAUGCCUGAUCGUAGUCAUAGCUCCUUGACAUUGGCUGUCUCACCAAAGGAUGAAGAUCAAGAUCCAUUCAAGAAACAUGUGGAUGAAACAACUUCGCUCUUACACACCAACAAGAACAACAAUAAGAAAAAGUACAAUUUCUUAGCAUCAUUGAAACGAUUAGGAUUAUGGUUCCACGGAUGUAUGACUCCACCACUAUAUGCGGCCAUGUUGGCGUUGAUCGUUGGAUUAUCACCAUUGAAACAAAUUUUGUACGACAAGCAAUCUUUUCUUUAUCCUUCUUUCACCAAAGCAAUUGAAAUGUGUGGUAAGGCAGCAGUACCCAUCAUCUUAUCUUGUCUAGGUGCACAACUGGCCAGUAUCUCUGAAACUCAACAUAGUGCACCUACUAUUCGAAAACCUGUAACAGCCGCCGUGAUGAUUCGAAUGGUCUUGACCCCCUUUUUAGUAACACCUUUGGUAGUCUUGUUUGUUAUCUAUGGUGCCCCUUACUCCAUCCUCGCCACUGAUCCUGUCUUUAUUGUGAUGAUGAUUGUUCUUGGAUGCACCCCUACUGCCAUCAAUCUGGUUCAAAUCUCUCAAGUCAAUGGUAUCUUUGAAGAAGAAAUGUUACGCAUGUUAUUCUGGAGUUAUGGUAUUGUAUGUGUUCCUGUAGUGACCUUGACCGUCUUUUUGGCUUUGAAUGUAGUGGAUCGACUUCUUUAAGUAGAUAGAUUUUUUUUUGUUUUUAUAUUUGCAUACCUAUCUCAUUUGUCAUCAUGUUUAUUCAUUGAUAUAUAUUAUUUUUUUUGUAUAUCCACUUUAUUAUCCAUCAUAUUGAUUAACGAAAAAAUAAAAGUAUUCCUUUUUUUUUAUUCAUGAUCUUUUUACAAAUAAAGGAUUCUAAAUCAUUUCCCCCUCACAAAAUAAA